AUGAGCCCCGGGCUGCUGCUCCUCGCCAGCGCCGUCCUGCUCGCCUUCGGCCUGUGCUGCACCUUCGUGCACCGCGCUCGCAGCCGCUAUGAGCACAUCCCCGGGCCGCCGCGGCCCAGUUUCCUUCUAGGACAUCUCCCAUACUUUUGGAAAAAGGAUGAGGUUUGUGGCCGUACGCUCCAAGAUGUGUUUUUGGAUUGGACUAAGAAGUAUGGACCUGUUGUGCGGGUCAAUGUCUUCCACAAAACCUCUGUUAUCGUCACCAGUCCUGAAUCAGUCAAGAAGUUCCUGAUGUCAACCAAGUACAACAAAGACUUAAAGAUGUACCGUGCCAUCCAGACUGUGUUUGGUGAGAGACUCUUUGGCCAGGGCCUGGUAUCGGAGUGUGACCACGAACGUUGGCACAAACAGCGCAGGGUCAUGGACUUGGCCUUCAGCCGGAGCUCCUUGGUUAGUUUGAUGGAAACAUUCAACGAGAAGGCUGAGCAGCUGGUGGAGAUUCUGGAAGCCAAGGCGGACGGGCAGACCCCGGUGUCCAUGCAGGACAUGCUCACCUGUACUGCCAUGGACAUCCUGGCCAAGGCAGCUUUCGGGAUGGAGACCAGCAUGCUGCUGGAUGCCCAGAAACCUCUGCCCAGGGCAGUGAGAGUGAUGUUGGAGGGCAUCACGGCAUCCCGAAACACCCUGGCAAAGUUUUUACCAGGGAAGCGGAAACAGCUGCGAGAGAUCCGAGAGAGCAUCCGCUUUCUGCGCCAGGUUGGCAAGGACUGGGUUCAGCACCGCCGGGAGGCCCUCAAGAGAGGGGAGGACGUUCCUGCCGACAUCCUCACACAGAUUCUCAAAGCUGAAGAGGAUACCCAGGAUGAUGAGAUUCUGCUAGACAACUUUGUCACCUUCUUCAUUGCUGGUCACGAGACCUCCGCCAAUCACUUGGCAUUCACGGUGAUGGAGCUGUCCCGCCAGCCUGAGAUUGUGGCAAGGUUGCAGGCUGAGGUGGAUGAGGUGGUCGGUUCCAAGAGGCACCUGGACUGUGAGGACCUGGGAAGGCUACAGUACCUCUCCCAGGUCCUCAAAGAGUCACUGCGGCUGUAUCCGCCAGCCUGGGGCACCUUUCGCCGCCUAGAGGAGGAGACCUUGAUCGAUGGGGUCAGAGUCCCCGGCAACACCCCACUCCUGUUCAGCACCUAUGUUAUGGGGCGGAUGGACUCUUACUUUGAGGACCCACUGACUUUCAACCCGGAUCGAUUCAGCCCUGGAGCACCCAAGCCUCGGUUCACCUACUUCCCCUUCUCCCUGGGACCCCGCGCCUGCAUCGGGCAGCAGUUUGCUCAGAUGGAGGUGAAGGUGGUGAUGGCCAAGCUACUUCAGAGGCUAGAGUUUCGUUUGGUGCCUGGGCAGCGCUUUGGGCUGCAAGAGCAGGCCACGCUCAAGCCGCUGGACCCUGUGCUGUGCACCCUGCGGCCCCGCGGCUGGCAGCCUGCACCCCCACCCCCACCCUGCUGA